AUGAGCCUGUCCCGAGCUGCCUGGCCCACCACGAAGCGCCACGUUUUCGGCGUCUUCUCGCGGGCUUACAGCUCCACCCAAGAUGCCGACCUCGUCGUCAUUGGCGCCGGCCCGGGCGGCUACGUGGCUGCGAUCAAAGCGGCUCAACUGGGCAUGAAGACUAUCUGCAUCGAGAAGGAGGCCACCCUUGGCGGCACCUGCUUGAACGUCGGCUGCAUCCCGUCCAAGUCGCUGCUCAACAACUCGCAUUUCUACCACAUGGCCAAGCACGGCGAUUUGGCGAGCCGAGGAGUUGAGGUCGAGACAAAGCUGAACCUGCCGAAGAUGUUGGCCGCCAAGGAGGGAUCCGUCAAAGCGCUCACCGGAGGUAUUGCCCAGCUCUUCAAGGCCAACAAGGUCGGACACAUCAAUGGACACGGAACGAUCACUGGACAGAAUCAGGUUACCGUCAAGAAGAACGACGGCUCGAGCGAGGUGGUGAACACGCGCAACAUUCUUAUCGCUUCCGGAUCGGAGGUCACGCCCUUCCCCGGAAUUACGAUCGACGAAAAGACCAUUGUUUCUUCUACCGGAGCCCUUUCCCUGAAGGAGGUCCCCAAAAAGAUGAUUGUUAUCGGAGCCGGUGUCAUUGGACUUGAAUUGGGAUCGGUCUGGCAACGAUUGGGAGCCGAGGUGACGGCCAUCGAAUUUUUGGGCAGCAUUGGAGGAGCCGGCAUUGACCAGGAGGUCGCUAAGAAUUUCCAGCGCUCCCUCACCAAACAGGGCUUCAAGUUCAAGCUGAACACGAAGGUGAUGGGCGCCACGCAAAACGGCAGCGAAAUCAGCGUCGACAUCGAGGGCGCCAAGGACGGCAAGAAGGAGCAGCUCUCUUGCGACGUGCUCCUCGUCUCUGUCGGCCGACGCCCGUACACGAACAACCUCGGCCUCGACUCGGUCGGCUUGACCCUGGACAACCGAGGCCGAAUCCCCGUCAACGAGCGCUUCCAGUCGAAGGUGCCGUCGAUCUACGCCAUCGGCGACGUCAUCGAGGGCCCGAUGCUUGCGCACAAGGCCGAAGAUGAAGGAAUUCUCGCUGUCGAGGGUAUCGCAGGCGGUGCCGUGCACAUUGAUUACAACUGCAUCCCGUCCGUCGUCUACACCCACCCCGAGGUCGCCUGGGUCGGCAAGGCCGAGGAGCAGCUGAAGAGCGAGGGAGUCGAGUACAAGGUCGGCAAAUUCCCGUUCGUCGCCAACUCCCGCGCCAAGACCAACAACGACCAGGAGGGCUUCGUGAAGGUGCUGGCCAACAAGCAGACCGACCGUCUGCUCGGCGUGCACAUCAUUGGGCCGAAUGCCGGUGAAAUGAUCGCCGAGGCGACGCUGGCUUUGGAGUACGGCGCGAGCGCUGAGGAUAUCGCCCGCGUCUGCCAUCCCCACCCGACGCUCUCCGAGGCCUUCAGGGAAGCCAACUUGGCCGCCUACUGCGGCAAGGCGAUCAACAGCGUC